GAGAUCGUCCCGCCGGAGGGGUUCCGGGACAAGCAUGGCGGAGUCGGAGGUGUUACACCGGCGGGCUCCGAGCCGCUCUUCCUGGCUGCGGGUACGCAAAGCCCGGCCCCACCUCCUCCUCAGCCGCCGGGGCCGCCGUCGGUUUGGGGUCCUGACCCGAGUCGAGCUGCGACGCCUGCGACGGCGGCUGCUGCGGGCACACGCGUUAGGCGGGGACUGGAAGCAGGUCGCCCCCGCGGGCGCGCACGUGGCGGUAAAGUGCAAACUCCGGGCCCGCAGCCGGCCGGCGCCCCGCAGCCCGCCCACACCGAGCGUCCCGCCCGCGCCAUGCACCGCGUCCGCGACCUGCAGCCUGCUCAACCCCCGCAACCACUCCACGCCCCAGAGCCGGGCCGGGCGCCCCGUGCGGAAGGUGUCCCCGAACGUCACCCAGCCCGUGCGGGACCUGGGCUCGGGCCGCGUGUUGAUGAUGCUGCCGCCGGGAGAGGGUUUCACUUUCAGUGGGAUCUGCCGUGUGACUUGCGUCUACGGCCAGUUGGAAGUAUACGGCCAUAUCAUCAACCAAGGGCAGCCUCCCCAAGAUGUCUUUUCUGUCUACACCCACUCUUACCUGACCAUCAAUGGGGUUCCGUACGCAGAACCCGAGAAAAGUGAGAAGGCGAUCAGGAGGGAGAUCCGGGCCCUGCUCAAGCCUUACACGAAACUAGAUGACAGAAACUGGGUGGUGCGGUACUUCCCUCCUCUGGGCUCCAUUAUGAUUCUGGAACGGAUGCAGUCUCGUUUUGUGGACUUCCUGAAGACCUAUAAGUGCUCCUCAUACGUGCUCCUGCAGGAGAACGCUCCUGUUCGGGUCAAUUCUGAGUUUACAACUUUGAAGAAAAUUGGCAUCAGAAGACAGAAGAGGAAGAAAGCCAUUUGCUUGAGUGAGAGUGGCCUUUGUGCCCUGGAAGAGUUAGUCAGCGUGUCCUGUGAUGGCUGCCCUGUCAUCCUGUUGUGUGGCGCUUGUGACAUUGGAAAGUCAACGUUCAAUAGAAUACUGAUUAACCAGUUAUUAAAUAGCAUUCCUGGGGUUGACUAUCUGGAAUGUGAUCUGGGGCAGACGGAGUUCACUCCUCCUGGCUGUGUCGCUUUACUUACCAUCACAGAACCACUUCUGGGACCGCCGUACACUCACCAGAGGAAACCACAGAGGAUGGUGUACUAUGGGAAGAUGAACUGUUACAAUGACUACGAGAAUUACAUUGACAUAGUAAAAUACGUGUUCAGAGAUUACAAGAGAGAGUUUCCACUUAUCAUCAACACGAUGGGCUGGGUGUCAGAUAAUGGGCUGCGGCUGCUUGUGGACCUGAUCCGGGUGCUGUCUCCCAAUUAUGUCGUUCAGUUAUAUUCUGAUCGCUGUAAAUUUACACCGACACUGACCUCCGAAUACGUAGAGCUCACAGAUGGCCUGUAUACAAAAAGCAAGAUCAAAAGAUAUCGAGGUUUUGAAAUUCCAGAAUUUGGAGACAAUUUAGAAUUUACUUAUGAAGAGAAAGAGUCUAGUCCACUUCCAGUCUUCACUGGACAUGUACUGCUGUCUGUUCACUCCGAAUUCUUAAGUAGUAAAAAUGAAAAGAACAGGGCCAAAUACAACAGGAUUUUUCGAGAUCUGGCAGUGUUGGGCUACCUUAGCCAGCUGAUGCUUCCCGUGCCAGAGUCACUUAGUCCUUUGCACAGCCUGACGCCCUAUCAGGUCCCCUUCAGUGCCGUCGCUAUCCGGGUCUUGCAUGCCGACGUUGCGCCUACCCACAUACUGUAUGCUGUGAAUGCCAGCUGGGUCGGCCUUUGCAGGAUCGUGGAUGAUAUGAAAGGCUACACUCGGGGCCCCAUCCUGCUUGCCCAGAACCCCAUAUGUGACUGUUUGGGCUUUGGUAUCUGCAGAGGCAUUGACAUGGACAAGCGGACCUACCACAUCCUCACCCCUCUACCCCCAGAAGAGUUAAAAACUGUGAACUGUCUGCUGGUUGGUUCCAUUUCCAUCCCACAUUGUAUUUUUCAGAACCAGCCUGGGCCCGAAGGGUCAGUUCCUUAUGUCACCACAGAUUAUAAUUUAAAUAUCCCUGGAGCAACAGAGAAAAUUGGAGAGAGAGAGUAUGGAAAAGCAUUCCCUAGACACAAAUUACGGCAAAGAAGAAAAUAAGCCUGGGAAUGGAGAGACUUUGCUCCCGGGAUGCCUCGUCCCAGGCCGAGUCAGCAGACUGCGUGGGCUGUGGUGAGUGGGGCUGUGUGGCUGCCGAGCUCCUGCUCCUGCCCGCUGUUCACGGAACUGGAAAGUGUGCUGUGCCCCUCCAGUGUCUUCCCUCUGAGACAGGAGGGCCUUGUAUCCUACAGCUCUAUCUGGCCUCAAACUCUGGGUAUUUCAGGCCUGUGUUAGGACACCAGCUCUCAGACUUUUCAGCUCUUUGGUCUCAAACUUGGCCCCAGCCCUCUUGACGACUGGUUGUCCCGGCUGUGGCGUGCUUCCUGAGAGCUGUGAAGCAGUGAAGAAAGCCGUGGUGUCCUCAGAACAGGCAGAGGAAGGACAGCCUUGCAGUUUUCCAAGAAAAUCGGGACCAUGAAAGUAUGGCUAGAAACUGGGCAGCAGGCUGACCCGCAGGUUCUCAUGUACAGCGCACAGACUGCCGGGGGCCUGAGCAGGCUCAGUGAGAGGCGUGUUGAGCCAUGUGGACAUUAGCAACCAGGUGCCAACUCCUUGGUCUGAUCCUUGGGUGCCAUCGGAUCUUCCAGUGCUGUAAGCAAGUCUUAGAAGAUUGUAUUUCAUCUGUUAAUUUCAGGGUCUUUUGAAUCAUGAGGCUUUAUGUUGAAGAACUUGCUCUGACAUCCAGAAAGCCCCCUGGUUAAUUAAGGAAACCCUUGGCUCCUUAAGUCUGGGUUUGCUCUCACUGCCCCUUCCUUGAGGCAGUGGAUACUGCCAUGGGGCCCUCCAGCCUGGAGUGGACACAUACAUGCCUGGUGUCGGCAAAUCUUGGCUAUCGAGGAUUUCUCCGACAGACCCAGAGGCCACUGCAGGUGGAUGUUGUGACCAGGAGUGACUGUGUCAGGUCAUUUCUGUGGUUGCAGAGCUGAGGAGCUUCUCAGGCAGGCAUGAUGGAUCUGUCAAGACUCCACCUUCCAGCAGGAUCAUGAAAGACCAAGGCUGUGGAAGGCUUACACCAUUGCUUACCUCCAUCUUGUCUGUAGCCAUGGGAGUGUGCCAGUCUCCUUUGCUUGGUGCCAUCUUUGUGGCAGCCUCAGCAUCUGAAAAUCCCAUUAGGCAGAGCUGCUGCUUCCCCUUCCCUGUAGAGCACUCACUAACUGGUCCCCACCGCCCCCUCGCCCAGUCUGUGUCUCACUUGAGCUUGUGGUGAGCCUUUCUGGGAGGGAGGAGGCUCUUAGCCUGCUGCCCAGGCAGGUCUCUGGGCACCGUUGGCUCUCCUGCCUCGCAGAGAGUUUGAAGACAGCCUUCUAAGACAGCCUUUGUCACCUUUGUCCAGUUCCCCAGAUCUUCUGGUCUUCACAGUACUAAAGAUCGAGUGGGGCUGGAGAGGUGGCUCAGCAGUUAAGAGCACUGACUGCUCUCCCAGAGGUCCUGAGUUCAAUUCCCAACAACCACAUGGUGACUCACAACCAUCUGCAAUGGGAUCGGAUGCCCUCUUCUGGUGUGUCUGAAGCUACAGUGUACUCAUGUACAUAAAAUAAAUAAAUCUUUUAAAGAAAAUAAUAA